AUGGCGGACCGAUUCCCCUCCCUCGAGGAUUUUGACUCGGGAGCACAAACCGACGUCAAGGACCCUUCGGCCGAGAUUUCCGCAGACGACUUUCUCGCUCGCGAAAAGGCUGUUCUCGGCGCCGACGCAGACCAGUUUGCAACAAACGACGAUUUUGCCGCUGGAGAAGCCAGCCACGACCUCCUGGGCGAGGGUGACGCUGCCCAGUCCUCGUUCGAGUCUCAGUUUCCUGACCUGGCCAGUCCUUCGGCUGGUGCCAGCGGCCUCCCCGGAACCAGUUCGAUAACUGGGCCGUCUGUUAGCUAUAACUCGGGCUACCAAACCUACAUGGAAGACGAAGAGGAGCCCCAGGUAAUCAAAGAGUGGAGGGAGCGCCGAGACGAGCAAAUCGCCAAGAGAGCCCAACAGUUUGCAGCUCAGCGCGAGGAGACGAUCAAAGAGGCCCAACAAAAUAUUGACGACUUCUACGAGAACUACAACGCAAAGAAGGAAAAGGGCAUUACUCAGACGAAGAAGGACGCUGAACAAUUUCUGGCCAACCAGGACGACACCGUUUCUGGUGGAACAAGCUGGGACCGGAUCGCGAAGCUGGUCGACGUCAGUGGCAAAGGCAUCAAGGGCGGCGCGGCUGGAUCUGGAAAAGAGCGCUUCCGUGAAAUGCUGUCCAGCUUGCGCAAAGACGAAAAGGCCCCUGGCGCUUCAGGUUACUGA